AUGACCUUUUUGCGCCAGGAUUACUGUGUAUUCUGGCUGAGGAUUGGAUAUAAUCAAAGGUGGAAAAUCCUGCUCAAGCUGUAUCGAAAGACAAAACUUGAGAUUGUGCACUUCCUACAACGAACCGCCCCCUAUUCACUGCGUGACCAGUGUAGUCUGCCGGAUUUGCUCACCGUUGGCCAAUGGCUUCCUCCUUUCCUGUCUUCUCCUUCCUCUCCUUGA